AGGGUGGAAGAGGAAGAAGUAACCUUUAACUCGGACAAUUUUCCACACUCAGACAAAACAAAACCCACUCUUCUUCUCUUUCUUUCUUUCUUUCUUUGACGUUCUUUAAGUUUAAGCCUCUCUCUCACUCUCAUCAUCGCUCAUUUCAAAACGACACCGUAUUCUCCACCACACUUCCAUCUCUCUCUCUAUAUAUGCUUCCUCUUCCAACCGUCACUCCAAAUUCACUCUUAUGGAAGUAGUUACCUUCGCCCUCGCUGUCUUCGUGCCACUCAUUCUCGCCGGAGCUUCCUCCGCCAGGGAGCUCCGGCCGUCGGACCACGGCCUCACCUUCCAGACACUCUCGCCGGCGGGGGCGCAUUCCUCGCCGGAGAUGCGAUCCUUCUUCAACAGCGCCGACUCCUCGCCGUCGAUGUCCUCCUCCUCCGACGUGGCGCUUCCCAGGGCCAUGGACUCCGGCGACGCCUCGCCGCCGGAGUGGUGGAAACCUGACGGAGGACACUCCGGCGAGGGCGUGGGGAAGGCGCUUACGGUGGCGAGCUUGGUGUGCGGCGUGGCCGGCGCGGUUCUGCUAGUGGCUUCGGGUUUGAUCUAUUUGUUCAAGUACCGAAACAGAAACAGAAAGCAGAAGUUAAACGCAGCGUUUUGCGGUGAGAAUGAGAAUCAAGGUGGAAAUGACGAGGACAAGAACAAGUUGCAAUUGGUGGUACGCAACCCUUGAGUGAGUAUUGUGUGUUCUUGCUUUCAUUUUGAUUUUGAUUAUGAUUUUUCCUUGUUUCCCACUAACUAGCUAGUGUUCUAUAUAUGAUUCCACGUUGCAUGUAAAGGGUAGCGGUUCUAGACUUAUUAUAUGAUAUUAUUUGUUUAUUUAAUUAUUUUACUUUUUUUCUAUUCA